AUGGAGAAGAACGACAAGGACCCUGAUCAUCAUCAUGAUCAUGACAAAUCCAAGGGAGAGGAGAAAGGCGACGUAGUUUCAGAUGCUCAUCGGGAAGAUGAAGCGCAUCAGAACGGAAGCAGUAAAGAGAAUGUCGAUGUUGGUAAUGCCGAGACAGAUCACGAUCCAGGAGACAACAAUGUCGAUUCACAAGGAGAAGAAACACAAGCUGAGGUUCAUCAAACCCUCGAGUCCUUGUCAGAAGAACUCGACCAGCUUCUCACGAGUCUCUCCCUUCACAAGGAGGAUCAACAAGACAACAACACCGAGGAGAAAGGAGAGGAUGAUUACUUUCAGAUCCCACAAUUUGUUGGCAAGUUCUUGGAUCUCUUCGAGGACAAACUCUCAAAAUACGACUCUGGUGAGCCUAAGACGAUUUGGUACCAAGAUCCAGAAGAAACGUCUUCGCUUCUGGAGGCAGUGGAUCGUGUCUCAAAGCUUAUGGGGCUUUUGCUCAAUACAAAAUCCUGUCUGGACCAUCAUGAGCCCUUGAUCAACCAUGCCGGAUCCAUCCAGCAGCGUGCAAUGGCCUUCUUGGAAGACGAAUUCCGCAUCAUUUUAGAAGAAUCCGUUGUCAAAGAGCCCGUGGUGGCCUCGGAUGACAGCAGCAGCCAGAGGAAGAGCACGGCCGAUCAGCAAGACCACCUCCAGAACGAUGCGGUGGUCUCACAAGAUCACGACCAGAUGAUUGUUCCGGAAUGUGGCGAUCAGGAGAUUGAAUAUCCCGGUUAUCCGGAGGAGGUGGUUGUGUUGCUGAGGAAAAUAGCCGAGAAAAUGAAAGGAGGAGGGUAUGGAUGGGAAUGCAGAGAGGUUUAUUUGGUUGGGAGGAGGAACAUCUUGAUGCGAACUUUGAAACAUGAUUGUGAGUUUGAGAAAGUGAGUAUUGACGAGGUGCAGAAGAUGAGCUGGGACACGCUGGAGAGAGAGAUCCCUAUUUGGAACAAGACUUUCAAGGACUGCUCUUCCCGCUUCUUCCCCGGUGAGCUCAAACUCGCAGAGAAGAUUUUCCCAGGGGACGAUGGGAGCUUGUUCUGCAUCGUCACGCAUGGUCUGGCCAUCCAGUUCUUGGGAUUCGCCGAGGCUGUGGCCAUGACCAAACGAUCCACUGAGAAGCUAUUCAAAAUCCUCGACAUUUACGAGACUCUCCGGGACAGUUUUCCUCCCAUGGAGGAGCUGUUCCCCGAGGAGCUACGGAGCGAGCUGAGGAAUGAGGUGACCAGCGCUCGUUCACGCUUAGGAGAGACAGCAAUUCACAUAUUCUCAGAUCUUGAGAACUCCAUCAAAUCUGAUUCGAGCAAGACUCCCGUGCCAGGAGGCGCAGUGCAUCCCCUGACUAGGUACACAAUGAAUUACCUCAAGUACUCGUGCGAGUACAAAGACACGUUGGAACAAGUGUUCAAGAGCCACUCGAAGAUGGAGAGAGAGGAUCAGGAGGAGUCUGCAGAGAGUGGGAACUCGGCCUUUGCGAACCAGCUGAUGAGAAUAAUGGAGCUACUCGACGUGAAUCUGGAGGCCAAGUCGAAGCAGUACAAAGACAUACCACUGAGCUGCAUCUUCAUGAUGAACAACGGGAGAUACAUAGUGCAGAAGAUCAAAGGAUCAGCUGAGAUACACGAGGUGAUGGGGGACACGUGGUGCAGGAGGAGGUCUUCAGAGCUAAGGAACUACCACAAGAACUACCAGAGAGAGACGUGGGGGAAGCUGCUUGGGUUCUUAGGCCACGAGGGGCUCAUGCACAACGGAAAGAUAGUCAAGCCCAAUCUUAAGGAGAGGUUCAAGAGCUUCAACGCAACUUUCGACGAGAUACACAAGACGCAGACCACGUGGGUGGUCAACGACGAGCAGCUGCAGAGCGAGCUUAGGGUCUCUAUAACCGCGGUUAUGAUACCUGCCUACAGGGCUUUCAUGGCCAGGUUUGGACAGUACUUGGAUCCAGGUCGCCAGACCGAGAAGUAUAUCAAGUACCAGCCUGAGGACAUCGAGGAUCUCAUCGACCAGCUCUUCGAUGGCAAUACUUCCUCCUCUUCCACCGCCACCGCCAGGCGAAGAACGUAGCUUCUUUCUUUUCUUUUUUGUUUUGCAGCAACACUUUUUCUUACAUUUCCUCAAAUUUUUCUUCAUCUACUGUUUUUGUCUGAAUGCCCACAAACUUGGAUGACUCAUAUUUCUACCAAUUCAA